ACAAUUUCUAGAAGCUGCUCAACAUUUCUUGAAAAUGGUAUGCCCAUACCAGAGCUUAUAUACGCUCCCAUUUAUAUGUAUCUUUGUACAUCUAAAACAAGUUCCUUCUGGUGCCUUGCAAUAUUGUGUCUCUUCGUAAUUUCUGUGUGAAGAAGAAAGAAGAUGUCGUCGGCAUACACAUGGAAGAGCUUUUUCGAGAACGAAGAUCGUCCCGAGAAGCCUAGAAGGUUCGGUGUCACUGAGAUGAGAGGCCCCCAUUACACCCUGUUUAGCCAAAACCUCAUUCAGGAUAUUUUUGAGUCUAUGGGACAGUUUGUUGAUGGGUUGAAGUUUACCGGAGGCUCUCAUAGUUUGAUGCAGAAAGAUUUUGUUAAAGACGUGACUAAUAUGGCCCACAAACACAAUAUAUAUGUCAGUACGGGUGACUGGGCUGAACAUUUACUUCGCAAAGGUCCAUCGGCUUUCAAAGAGUACAUAGAGGAAUGUAAGCAAUUGGGGUUUGAUACAGUUGAGAUUAACGUGGGAUCACUUGGAGUUCCUGAAGAAACUCUCUUGAGAUUUGUGCGGUUGAUUAAGAGUGGUGGCCUGAAAGCCAAGCCCCAAUUUGCAGUGAAGUUCAACAGGUCUGAUAUCCCCGCCAAUGGUGACCGAGCAUUUGGGGCUUAUGUGGUCCCAGCACCUCGAUCUUCUGAAAUGGUUGAGGAUGUUGAUCUUUUGGUCAGAAUGGCCGAGAGAUGCUUGGAAGCUGGAGCCGACAUGAUAAUGAUUGAUGCCGAUGAUGUCUGCAAGCAAGCUGAUUCUGUACGGGCAGAUAUUAUUGCAAAGAUUGUUGGGCGUCUUGGACUAGAGAAGACGAUGUUUGAAGCAUCAAAUUCCCAAACCUCUGAGUGGUUCAUUACACAAUAUGGUCCCAGGGUCAACCUUUUUGUGGAUCACUCUCAGGUGAUGGAUCUGGAGUGCCUUCGGGGGUGCAACCUUGGUAAAAAUCACACAUCUGUUCUCGGUUCGUCCUAUUUUCUGUUCUAAGCUGGCGCUGAGAACAUAUGUUCCAUGGAACUGGUUAUGCUUUUUAAUUGCCCUGCGUUAUGUUGUAUGUUAAGAUGUUAAGUUCAUGUUAAAAAGAUGUCCCGACAGUGUGUGAAAAUAUGGCUGUUUCGUACAUUUCAGUGGAGAUUUUGCUUGAAUAACUGUGUUCAUCCUUUUCUGUGUUGUUAUGAUA